AUGAGCAGCAGUAACAACGGAGCAUCAAGCAGUGGAUUAUCAAAGACAGAGGCCGAAGCCAAGGUGAUGGCAGAGACUAUCACAGUGUCUGACGCUAAAAACUCAUUACCACAACCAAAGGGUCAAGAAGCCGCCUCCAUCAAGGACGACCUUGAAGAUAAAAAGGCUGAUGCUCAACUUGGUUCUGGUGCCAAAGAUCAAGAAGUAUUCUUUGUUAAAGAUGAAAAUAAGGUAACCAAAGAAUUGGACAAGAGUAUUAGUCAAAAGGCAACUAUUUACUUUAAGGGAUGCAAGGAUGGCAACUAUACAAUUUCAGCACGUGCAGUCAAGAUUAUGAUUGAAGCAUGUCAGCGUUGCACCUUUAAUUUCAAGGGUCGUAUAUAUACCAACACGAUCGAAGCUUGGAAGACUGUCGACUUGACACUCAACAUUAUGAACGAUCAAGUCAAGACUUUGCAAGCUGAUAUGUCCUCGAGAAUGACCGUCCAAUUCGACACUAGAGACUCUUUGCACUCGUUGGUGUGGUCCGGUGUCAACGACCUAAAGGUCAAGUUUGAAGACGAGCCAACCUUUGUCCAUACCACUGGUUUCGAGCAAAUGAAGCAAUUAUACGCACCACAAGAACUCAGUUUCUCGGUCGACCAAUUCACCACCCGUAUCGUCGAAAAGGAGAUCACCACCGAGCAAAUCGUCCGUCUUGCCAACGGUUACCCCACCACCGAGCGUGAAGCCAAGCAAUUCGACAACCAACAAGAACUCAAUGCCAAGCGUGCCGAAGAAUUCAUCAGAAACAAAUUAAAGGAAAAUGGUAUCACCCUCGGUAGCAAGGGUAUCCCUAAAAAAGAAGCCGGCAGAAAUGAGCCAUGUCCAUGUGGUUCUGGAAAGAAGAACAAAAAAUGUUGUAAUAAAUAA